UGCAGGAAGAAACAACAGCCGCCAUUUUGUUUGUGUGUGAGGGAUGGUUUCCGGGCUUGAUAUGUAUACCUACUGCGACGGCUUUACAUUCAAGAAGGACUUACAGAACAGCACGUGUUUCUCAUUGUAAUCUACCUUGGAGCCGAAAUCUGAGCGGAGCAAUAAGAAAGAGAGGCCUGGCUUAUAGCACCGGCGAUCCGUGCCCGGUGGGGGAGGGCUAAUUGAAAGAGCCUUUAUCCUGUCGUAGGUCCUGGGACAGCCAUCAUCGGUCAGAGUGAUCCUUUUUGCUCUCUUCUAGUGAUCUUCCUAGAACGGGAGCAUUUAAGGGCCACAAACUGCAAGUAGUAAAGUUCUGUACCGGUGCAAUAAUGCCAUCUGUGAACGAGGAGAAGCCGUGCAGCUGUACGCCGACACUGUGUCAUCGUAAACCCCAGUGAGCCUUCCCGGGAAUGGUGCUGUAUGAACAGGCCCUGCCUUCUGUCCUCCAGUAAAGUUGGUGGGUGAAGCGCUAAUACAAUGCUUUAAAUCUACGUGCAGGAGGGACAUAGGUGGAUGUCUUCCCUCAGUACCGCUCUUAGAAAAGCUGACACCGUCCUUGUGCUCAUGAAAAGUCUCGUUCUUGAACUGUAAAUAGGAUCUGCUCUGCCUGGGAAUACAUGGUGCCUAAUGGCAGUCUGUUAUUAGGUCUUAGGAGUGGUGAUCGCAAGAAAACGUCAUGGCCGAAAAUAUGCUUGAUUCUGGGCCUCCUUCAGCCAAGAAGCCCAAGAUGUCUUCUCCUGCUCUGUCUUCCAGUGAUGGGCCAGAUUUUGGGUCAUUUUUUGAUUUGGAACAAGAUCUUCCUGAUGAGCUAAUUAGCUCAAACGAGUUUGCCCUGAGCAAUGGUGGAGAUAUUAAUCAAAGUCACAUGAGCCCAGGGAUUCUACCUGAUGCAGCUGCUAAACAUAAACAACUCUCUGAACUUUUACGGGGUGGAAGUACUACAAACAUGGUCAUGGGUCUUGGACAGCAAGUGCCCCAAGCCAGUUCUGGUAUUGGGAUGCUAAACAAUAUGGUUAAAGGUCCAGUGCCUCAGCCAGGUAUGUCUUCACCAGGUUUGAGCAUUGGAGGAAAUGGAGGCAAUCCAGGGGGUCCCUCCCAAACAUUGAACUCCUCAACUGCAGGAAUGAUGCUUUCUUUGAACAAUCCAGCAGCACAGUCUAGAAUCGGCAUGAAUUCAGGGAUAAUCACAGGUGGAAAUGGACAAAACAUGACACAAGGACAAAUGAUGAAUGGAUCUCUUGGCAUUGGAAGACAUCAGCCCGGUGGGCCAUACCAUAAUCAAGGAAUGGGUAACUUUAGUAACCUUUUAGGAGAUACUCUGCAGCAAAGUGGACAACAGAUAGGAGGCCAACCAGGAGCGAGAAGUCCUCAGGCAACAGCCAUAAACAAG